GAAACAGGAAAAGAGAGAGGUGGGGAGAGAAACCGAGAAGACCCACAACAAAAGCAGCAGUGAACUAUUUCAACUAUAAUGCAUGACAAGCUCUACAGGAAAAUCUUGAGACAAACCUUACAGAAAGGUUCACCCAAGCCUGAAUGCAUUGUAUUGUAGAACAUCAGAAACCUGAUCUAGAAGGUCUCCCUCUGCAGUAGAACACCUGCCUACCAUACACAAGGCUCUUCAUUUGGAUUUGAUUCCCAAGAAAGAAAUUUUAAAAUGCCACUUAUCCACAAACCUAAAAUGUAAGUUGGUUCCAAUAAAGUACUUCCCCGUUGAGCAAAGAAGAUGUGGAUACAUGGUAUGUCUCCAAAUAUGUGAGGGGCUUUUACAUAUGGACUGAGAGAUCAUCUGAGACUCCAUUGAACAAGCUAGGACCUCUGGUAGAGGCCACCAAGAAGCUAAAGCCCACUCAGCACUCUCUGGAGAUGGUAAGUUCCCCAGGACUGGAGUGGGAGGACGGCAAAGGGAAUCACAGUUGACAUUUUGAAAACACCGGGUCUGUGCUUUCCUACAAAAUGCACCCCAAAUGUUUCUCCUAGCAAGUAAUUCAUUUUACUGUUCCCAUAUGUAAAUGAGGAAAAAAAGAGUGUGAGCAGCUUGCUUUGCUCAUGGGGUAGAACCCCGACAGUCCUUCUUCUCUUUAGGCUAGAGACAUGGUACUCUGACACCUUGAUUUGCAAGUGAGGUUAGGACUAGCGCCUUUAAAGGACCCUCCCUGACCUGGAGUGAUUGUCUGUCCCUAAAGCAGAACCCUAGUCACCAGCUCCAGUAGUAUAUUAGAACCAGAACCAGGCAGAGCCCAUGCUGACCAGAGGGAACUGGAACAAUGUCACAAUUCUGGACCCCAAAGAACUAGGUCCUGAAGUCCUAGACAAAAUGUAUGGAAAGGGAAAUGGCUGGACGUGGCAGUGAAGAGUAGUGGCCACAAGGUGGCAGCAGAGUUUCAGCUGUGGAGGCCCAUUCCCCAGUUAUCUUGCAAAGAUGGGCCUGUCCACAAAAUUUACAGGCCACCUCUACUCAGUAAGGCUCCCAAAAGUCUCCUAUCUCUCACUUAACUAUUCACAGGUAAAUCUUAAAGGGUAGUGAACCCACAUUUAACCUGACUAGAAGCAGUGGGGACUGAAAUGGGGCUGUGGUCCUGACCACCCAUUCCAGGCAGGAGUAGGUACCAAGCUGGUUCACCCUAGCCUGCACUUAACACUAGUUCCUUCCCAUCCAGGACAUAGUGCCCAAUUCUGAUAGGAGUUUCUCCAGUCAGGAACAAGAGGUGAUCAAUUGAAGCGUCUCCAAUCUGUUGAAGGAUUGGAAGUUCUUCUAAGGUUCCCCCAGGGCCUAACUCUGACAAACUGUCUGCAAUUAAUGAUGCUUCCUGAGCUCCGGAGACAAGAUUUAUGCAUCUAAUAAAGUCUAUAUAACUCCAGGCUUAGGCUGGGGGGGAGGAAGCUAAGAGCAGAGAGUCCCCAGGGGAGUAUGGGAGGGGGGGUCCCAGGCGGCUCUUAAUAGAGCCAUGCAUUUCCAUUGCUUGUCUAGAUUUCCCCCCAGGCUGCUGGUGAGGUGGGGGUAGGGACAUCAGGUAUAAGAAGACCGUGGGCCACUCAGGAGGCAGAUGGCAGCAUGGACUCCAAGUGGGCUGCUCUGCUGCUGCUGCUACUGCUGAACUGGGGCCACACUGAAGAGGCAGGAAGCUGGGGUGAAGACCAAGUCUUUGCAGGAGAAGAUAAGGGACCCCACCCACCACAGUAUGCCCACAUUCCAGACAGGAUCCAGACUCCUGGGUCCCUCUUGCGUGUUCUGCUCCAGGCCAUGGACACACCUAGAAGGAGCCCAGCCUUCCUGUUUCAGCCCCAGAGGUUUGGCAGAAGUGCAUGGGGGUCCUGGAGGAAGGAACAGCUAAAUCCGCAGGCCAGCCAGUUCUGGAGCCUGGCCGCUCCUCAGCGCUUUGGGAAGAAGUAGCAUCGUUUGCUGUGAUGCCUGCAUGUAAAACCACUUCCCCAUGUCCCCUGUGUGCCCCCAAAUAAAAAUGGCUCGGCUGGCUUCAGAAUCCCUGUGUUUGGACAAGACUGUCAGGGAACGGGUGGGAGCCCAAGGGCAAUAGCUGUAGCCCUGCU